AUGGAGACCUACACUUCACAGUAUGAUUAUUACUAUGGAGAAAACUUUACUGACAAUGGAGAAUUAGACAUCUCUGUGUUCAGUGAGUGCCCAGACGCACAACUUUUUGGCCUCAACAUCUUUCUGCCCACAAUAUAUUUCUUCAUAUUUUUCACAGGCUUUUUUGGGAAUCUUUUUGUGAUCUUUGUCGUGGGCAGCAAAGGGAAAAGAGGUGGGCGGCUUGUGGACACAUUUAUUAUCAACCUAGCCUUCGCCGACCUCAUCUUUGUCUUCACACUGCCACUGUGGGCCAUCUCUGCCAGCCAGAACAACUGCUGGAAAUUUGGGGACGAGCUGUGUAGACUGAGCAGCUACAUUAUAGCUGUGAACCGCUUCUCCAACAUCUUCUUUCUUACCUGCAUGAGUGUUGAUCGUUACCUUGCUGUGGUGAAACUGAUGGAUUCGAGAUAUCUCAGGAGCAGUAAGUGCAUUCGUGCCACAUGUGUUGCAGUCUGGCUCAGCUCCCUGUUUCUUGGCGUUCCAUCCCUGAAGUACCGACGAGUGGUGGAGAUCCAAAAUUCAUCCUACUGUAUGGAAGAUAACUCAUUAUCGUUUCUUGGCCUGAGCUUGACCAUGGUGUUCCUAACCUUCGUCUUUCCGGUGUUAAUCAUCUUGCUCUGCUACGGCACCAUCAUCAUGCACCUGAACAAGCACUGUGUUGCUGCUGCAAAUCCUCGAGCUCAGGCCCGCCGCAGACAUUCCCUCAAGAUGGUAUUUUCCAUUAUAGUGGCCUUUGUGGUGUCCUGGCUCCCCUUCAACAUCUUCAAAGUCAUCAGAAUUGGUUUGCAGCUCUCAAAUGCAAAUGUGAGUUGUGAAGCUGACUCAUGGCAACAAAACGGGCUACUCAUCUCAUGCUGUUUGGCCUUCCUCAACAGCUGUGUAAAUCCAGCUAUCUACUUUUUCCUGGAUCAUAACUUCAGACAACGGGUAAAGAUCUUGUGCCAGACCCUCUUGGGAAAGCCAAUGCUGCUGAACACUCAAAACUCUACAGCUUCAUUCACCAACAUUGGCACUUCAGAGAGCCUUGGGGCAGCUGGUGGGAGAACUCAGACAGACUCUAAUUUUUGAAGGUAUUAAAGUUGUUUUAUCAUCCUUUCAUAUCUGUGAUGUGUGACAAAUAAUUAAAGUAAUCCUGAUAAUGAGAGCCUUUAGAUCAGAGUAAUGUUCAACAUCUUUACAUAGAUUAAUUCAG